AUGAAUAUUAUUUUUAUAUUUAUUUUAGCUGUUCUCGGCUAUCAUUAUUUUCAUUAUUUCCACCUCUACAAUUACGAAAUAAUCCUCAUAGGUAAGAUAUUAUACAUUAAUACCAAAAUUAAGAAUUAGUAAUUCCUACACCAACUAAUCCAAAGUUUCGCCAUAUGCUUUUCAGCUGAUUUACUAUUUAGAUCAAUCAUACUUGAAUAUCAAGACAGGGAUUUACCAAAAUUGAUAAACUCAAUCAUAGCUCACUUCUUUAUCACACUCUUCUAAUGGAAAUAUGGCUUUUGUUUUUAAUACGACCUUUUUUAUAAUCUAAGCUAAGCCAAAAUACUCACUUGGGCAUUUAAAAACAGAUAUCUCUACUCGUAGGAAAGGAAUGAUAUGGAAUUAUUCAUAUAAUUGUUGCUGGCUUCGAGUUAUUAGAAUUUACUUCUUGGAUCUGGUAAAAAUGUCAUUACAACCUUUGUUUCAUUGAUGUUUAAUUACUGUUAUCAACCCUAUUUCUUCCAGUAUUAACCAAGCAAUUAUGGACUUACAGCAUACAGAAAUAAGCAUUAUUUAUCCUAAUUUGUUUUUUAUGGUAUGAAAUUAUUUUGA